AUGUCGGUCAAGAUAAAAGGUCUCAGCGACGAGAUUGCGCGACAUCACUUUUCUUACGGGCUCCAGCCGGGAGUUUUUGCGGACAAGAUAAGCCGAAAGAAGCCGCAGACGAUGGAGGAGAUGAGGGAACGCGCGGCCAAAUUCAUACAGAUGGAAGACAUGCAAGAGUUUAGGGUAAAGAAGAGAGAGAAGGAGGAUGCAGCACUCACAAAGCCGCCCGUUUCUAGACCGAGCAAACCGAUCUUACAGGAGGCCUUUAGUGCCGAUUCACUCCCAGCAAUUAGGAAGAAGCCUCCGCCACCCGAUGCCGACGGGAGUAAGCAUUGCCAGUACCAUCGGUCUAUCGGGCAUACCACCGAAGAGUGCCACACGCUCCGCGACAAGAUAGAAGAACUGAUUCGACAAGGGCACUUGAAGAAGUACAUUCGGCAAGAUCGUCCCCCGCAGAGCCCGGUGAGGCACCGAAGCCCGAUGAGAAGGGUCCUUCCACCCCGUUCGGAGAGGAAAAGGGAGCCCGAGCGCGAGAAACGUAGGAGAGAACCAUCCCGGUCACAUCGGAGUCCGAGAAGGAGCCGCAGCCGUAGCCAGGAAAGACCCCUGAGAGGUUACAUCAACACCAUCUCCGGGGGGUUCGCCGGAGGAGGAUCAAGCUCUGCAGCUCGAAAAAGACACGUUCGGGCGUUGAAAUCGGUUCACCUGGUUGAGAAGAAGGUCCGAUCGAUGCCUCCCAUCACAUUUACGAACGACGACUUCAAGGCGCCCGAUCCUGAUCAUGAUGACCCGAUGGUCAUCUCGAUAGAGGUGGCUGAGUAUGGGAUCGGGAAGGUGUUGGUCGAUCAGGGAAGCUCUGUCAACAUCUUAUACUGGAAGACUUUCCAGAGGAUGAACCUCUCCGAGGACCUGAUCGUGCCAUACAACGAGCAGAUAGUCGGCUUCUCAGGCGAAUGGGUGGACACGAGAGGAUACGUGGAUCUCCGCACCAGGAUCGGCUCACGGAAGGACGGUCGGGAGGUAAGAGUUAGAUUCAUGUUAGUUGAAGCUAACACCUCCUACAAUGUGUUGUUAGGGAGACCCUGUUUGAACGCUUUCGGAGCGAUUGUGUCUACCCUCCACCUGGCCAUGAAGUUCCCGUCGGACAAGGGGACUAUAUGCACGGUGCAUGCAGAUCAACAGGUCGCCAGGCAAUGCUACGCUGCGGGAUUAAGGAUCAGACCUCACAGCCGACCGCGCAAGCAACACCGAUCGGAGGUUGCCAUGACAGACUUAAACUCCCGGACGAAUACGGAGGAUCGGUUGCAACCAGAAGGAGAAACAAAGGAGAUCCUGAUCGGGAGCCAGCCUGGACAAUUCACGAAGAUCGGGGGAGCCCUGAGCGUGGAGGAAGAAGAACUCCUGGGAGCGGUGAUUUUAGAAAGCAAAGAUUUGUUUGCAUGA